AUGUCAGCACGGGGAGGGAAAUUUUUCCGUGGUGGUAAGAAAUUUCUACGCCCCGUCGCCAACGAUGAUGAUGAUGACGAAGAAUCUUCCUCUGAAGAAGAGGAGGAGGAAGAAGUCUCAACGAAGCAAAAGAGUACUGCUAAUGCAAACCUAAGCUCUGAUGAUAGCGACGAAGACGAUGAUGAUGAAGACGACGACGAGGAGGAGGAGGAAGAAGAGGAAGCUCCGAAAAAGCGCAAAGCCGCACAAGCUGAAGAAAGGCCAAAGAAAACGAAAAAGGCCAAGAUGUCAUCUUUUUUUGACGAGGAAGCAGAAGAUGACGAUGAUGAAGAAGGUGAUGAUGAGGUAUAUGGCACUCAUCAUGAUCCAGAUGAUGUUGUCCGCAAGCAUUACACUGCAGACGAUAUCCGAAAAGAACAGAUGGACGAAGAAGCACGGGAAAUCAUGAGGCAACAAGAUCUUCGUCGUUCUAGAAUGGGGUAUGGUAUUGGAAACCAGGAGCGGUCGGUGCAAGAGAUGGCAAAAGAGAUCGAAGAUCGUCACCGAAUGCAAAAUAGACGCGUCGAUCGAAGUGUUCUUGACAGAGGUGCAGUAUCACGACAGCGCUUUGAUGAGGAUGCUCCAGGAGGCCCUGAAGUAUACACCGCUGUUUCGCAGCAAUCUUUGGUUCCAUCGGUUUCAGAUCCAAGUUUCUGGAUGAUUUCGUGCAGCAAUGGAAAAGAGCAAGAGAUGGUUUUCCAAAUCAUGAACAAGUGUGUGGCCCAUGCACGCCAAGGUCGGCCGCUUGGUAUUUGCGGUGUCAUUGCAGCUCAAUCCAAGGGACGGAUUUAUGUCGAAAGUUUCAGCGAACCCGCAGUCGUCGAAGCAAUCGAGGGUGUUCGUGGCUUGCUUCAGUACACAAUGAAGCUGGUCCCUAUUAAGGACAUGACGACAGUCAUGACUGUUGUGCCAAAAAAGAAGCCUGUCAAGAAAAACGAAUGGGUACGAAUGACACGGGGACACUACAAGGGAGAUCUUGCAUUGGUUCUGGAUGUCCGCGAUUCUGGUCUCAAGUGCGUUGUGCAGGUAGUGCCUCGUCUGGAUUUGUCACUGCUUGACUUGCCUCCUGAGCAGGCCCGAGUGCGAAGAAAAAUCAAGCCUCCUCAAAAGUUCUUCAAUCCACAAGAAGUUGCUUCAAUGGGAAGACAAAGUAUUAGACAAUACCACCGUGCAUUGGAUGCCCAUUGCGAUUUCUUUGAGAACAACUUCUAUCGCGAUGGUUAUUUAAUCAAAGAAGUGACAGUUGGUUCCAUGAUCAAGCCCACUACAGAUGAAAACCCUCCGUCUUUGGAUGAACUUCAGAGAUUCCGAAGAAAGAGCAGCAAGGAUGAUCGUGACAGUGAUGGGGAUGAAAACGAAGGGUCCAAAAUUGCUGCAUCACUUUUGGAUGAGCUUUCUGACUUGCAAGGUAAAACAGGUCUUGGAAAGGCUCCCGAGUCUGGAGGACUUCUCAUUGGCGACACUGUUGAAGUGAUCGAAGGUGAUCUUGUCGGAAUGCGAGGAAAACUCAUGAGUUUGGAUCAAACCACAGUUAAAGUGAAGCCAAAUGACAAAUCACUGGAUCUCGGAGGCACGGGAGAAGUCGAAUUCUUGGCGAGCCAAGUCCGAAAGUUCAUUGCCGUUGGUCACCACGUCAAGGUUAUGGACGGAAGAUACGCCAAUGAAACCGGUACAGUCGUUGCUGUAGAGAAGUUGGACGGAGAAACAGAUUUGACGGCUGUGGUUCUCACUGAUGCAACUAGAAAAGAGAUUUCUGUGAGAACGUCACAAUUGCGAGAAUCUGCCGAGGUUUCUGUUGGUCAAAACUCUCUUGCAGGAUAUGAGCUUUUCGAUUUGGUGGUCCUGAGUGGAGGCGGAUCUGCUAACGAAGUUGGUGUUAUCGUUCGUGUUGGUCUAGAAGACUUUACUGUAGUCAACAACCACGGAAUCAAUCGAGAUGUACGACCAGAGGAACUUCGAGGAAAACGAAAUACAAUGUCAAAUAGGGCAGUUGCGUUGGACGUGCAGGGAAACCAAAUGCGAUGCGGUGACUCUGUAAACGUUGCAGAAGGGCCUCACAAGGGCAAGGCUGCAACGAUCAAACGUAUGAGCCGUGCUCAGCUGUUCCUUUAUUCCCAAACAAGGCUGGAACACGCUGGUAUCUUCGUGGUGCGUAGUCGGAGCUGUGUCCUAUCAGGUUCCCGAAACCAAAGCCGCACCGGGGCUGGCGAUGGUGGUUCGACUCCUUUCGCAACACCGCAGUCACAAUCUCGUGGUCCUGCUGGUGGGAGAGGCAAACGCGAUGAUGCAUUGGUUGGAAAGACUGUUCGUAUUCAGGCUGGACAAUGGAAAGGGUAUCUUGGUGCUGUAUGUGAUGCUACUGCAACACACGUCCAGGUAGAGCUACAUUCCAGACUGAAGAAGGUAAUGGUUAUCAGAGAACGAGUUGCUGUUGUUGGCGACAAGUUUGGUGCUACUGAGGACAUGAGCCAAAACGACCCCAAUAGUCAGAAUACAGCUGCAGCUUCUGCUUAUGCUGCUGCAGCAACUCCAAUGCACGGUGGCGCUACUCCAAUGCACGGUGGUGCAACGCCAAUGCACGAAUCAGGUGGUGACGAGGUUUGGCGCCCAGGUGCCAUGGAUGAAGAACAAGUUGCAGAUAAUUCGGGCGUGUGGGGAGCUGAUACUUCAUCGGAAAAAAAUACAUUUGGCUCUCCAGCUAACGAUGCAGAUGAUGGAUGGGGAAGCUCCCAAGCUGGAAAUACAUGGCAACCUUCAGGGGAAAAGCAAGAGCCUGGUGUUGAUCCGAACCAGUCUGCACCAGCUGACAACCAAAUUGCAGUCAAGCAUGAAGAACCGGCAAUGGCUACCGACACAGAUACAAACAACAAUAAUGAUGUUUGGUUCAUGGAGCGUGUGUGUGUUCAAUUGAAGAGUGACGAGCGCAGUGCUGUGAUCAAGGAGAUCAAUGCUGAUAAGACGGCGGUUGUUGAGUUGGAUGACAGGUCGACACAAACCGUAAGAGUUGACGAAGUUUCUCGUGUCAACCCCAAAGAGAAGGAUAUGGUCUUGGUUAUCGGAGGCGCAGAUGUUGGUGUCGAAGGUGAACUUGUCUGUAUUGAUGGCACCGAUGCCAUUCUCAAGGAUUCCAAUGAAGAUUUCAAGAUUGUGGACUUUGUACUGCUUGCCAAGAUUACAUCCGACAAUUAA